UCUAAAUUCUUGAAGGUCACAGAUCAUUUCUGCCAGUUUGUCUUUCAUGACAGCUGUGUGAAGAGGCUGAAAGAUGGACACACAGUCACUGGAAGAGUUCUGGGUCAUCUGGCUAAAACAUAUGUGGACACCAUCUCAAGUGGGGCUGUGCCAUGUCUGGAGAACGCUGUAAUAGCAAUGGCAACGAUUGAGAAUGAGGCUGCAGUGAAGGAGGGCCUUCAGGUUUACCAAAGUGGAAUGGAGAAGCUGAAGGACUCCUUCCCUCUGGAACUGAAGGAUGUGUCCUCAGAACACCAACAUCUUAGCAGCACGGCAACACAAGCCUUCAUGAAGCGUUCCUUCAGGGACACUGAUGGGAAGAACCUGAAAUCUCUAGAGGAAAAUAUUAUUAAACUCUUUGAUGGAUACCUGAGCCAAAACGAACAAGCUUCAAAGAAACGAUGUGAGGAAAUCCUGUCAUCCCUCUCUGCACCAAUGAUGGAAAAACUCAAGCAGGGCUUCUAUACCAAACCUGGUGGCUAUGAUCUCUUCUGCAAAGAUCUGGAGGACAUUGGGAAGAAAUAUAACAGCCAGGCCAAUAAAGAAGUCAAGGUUAUGCCCAUAUUAGACAACAUCACAAGACCGUCUCUGAGAUUCUCUGAAACUCUACAUGGAGCUUCUUGUCCAAUGUGUGACCAGUUUUACAAGGAAAAAGAGAAAGCAGCCCUGCUGGAGCAGGAAAUUAAAGCUAGAGAUAAGAAGCAGCGACAGCUAGAAGAGAAGAUGGAAGCAGAGAGAAAGAGUAAUGAAGAGAGGAUGAGACAGAUGAAGGAGAAGAUGGAUGUGGAGAUGAGGCUUCAGAGAGAGGAGGCUGAGCGUGCCAUGGACAGUAAACUGAGGGAGCAGGCUGAUCUGCUGGAGAAGGGCUUUAAGGAGAAGGCAGACAGGAUGGGCCAAGAUAUUGAAGAGUUCAAGAGAAGGAGCACUGAAGCCGAAAGUAACAGAGCUAGAGAGUUUGCAGCGAUUUUAGGAAGCUCCGAGAGGAGACAUGAGGAGUUUAUGGCUAUGAUGCAGCAGCAGCACAGAGAAAACAUGAUGGCAAUGCAGAAGCAGAAUGAAGACUCCUCAGUCCGUUUUUCUGAGUUUGAGGCCUCUGUUCCGGGUAUUGUGAGUAAAGUUAAAGAGGCCCUUGGACAAGACGACUCAUUGAUUCUGACUGAUGGCCAAGGAAAGGAAAUCCUGGAUUCUGAAGGAACCAGAGGAUCAGCAUACUGGAAACAGAAUGCGCGCAAAGUAUUUGCUGUGCCGCAAGAAGAAUUCCUGCAGCUACGAGAAAGUAAAAGGAGGAGACUGAGUCGACGAGAUGAUGCUGGCCUCCAAGAUGUUCUGGACACAAUUGAAGAGGUUGUGACAGCAGCCCAGGGACUGCAAGCAGUGUCCACCACACUGAAAGAGCUCAUGAAUUUAGCAAAUUCCAAUCGCAGAACAACAGUAUCCCUGACAGAUGUCGAAGCAGCAGCAGUUAGAGAUGCUUUUGCCUGUAUUAUCUGCAGAGGUCCAAUGAACGAGCCCAUGGUUUCAUCAUGCUGCCAAAGCCUUAUUGGCUGCAGGAUUUGCAUUGAGGAAUGGCAAAUAAAUUCUCCCUUCUGCCCUAAAUGCCGGGCUGGCGAUUCUGGUAACAACAUACAAAGACUCAUGGGCUUAUCUGAUGCAUUGGCUGCACUCAGAAACAUACUCUUGGAGUAAUACUGUAUAUUAUGUAGUAGUAUUAUCAAACAUUGCAUAGUUU